UUCGGAUGACCUCCAGUCGACCUUGAGGGCCUGUAAACUGUCUACCGAUCGUCAUGAAAGUGGUUUUGCAGCCGACUGAGCUGAUUGGUACUGACUUUGUUUAGUUGUUAAUGGUGCUGUUAGUGCUCGUCCGUGCAAUAAAUUCACUUGGAAAACUAGGACAUGAGAUUUACUUUGAAUGCGGCACAAAUGAUUUAAAGAUCAAAACAGUCAACGCCACGAGGUCUUCUUUUGCUUCAGUUCAUUUUAGGGAAGUGUUUUUCGACAAGUUCUCAAGCCCUUUACCUAUCGGGUCUCUGCAACGUUUUAAAAUCCCUAGUAGUUCAUGUUCCAACGUCUUCAAACUUACUUCCGCGAUGGAGAGGUCCGUUCUUAAAUGCAAGAUGUUCUUAUCAUCCCAGGACACUGUUCUGACUGUUCAGUACUUCUGUAAAUUCGGAAUCGUUAAGACGUAUAACAUGUCAAUCAUCGAUUGUGAACAGUUAGAAGCUGUUUACUCAUUAGAAGAAAGCGCUAAUCAUUUGGUUAUAUCAGCACGUUUACUGGGAGAAAUUAUCAACAAUUUUCGCCAGUCUUCUGAAGAGCUAACAAUUCUUUUAGAUUCGGGGGAAUGCACUUUUCAAAAUCACACAUUUCAAACAGGUCCCUCUAUGAUAACAACACAAAUCCCUUUGAAUGCUACUGAAUUUGACGUCUACCGUGUCCAUUCAAAAUGUGAAGUCACAUUCUGCCAAAAGGAAUUACGGGUCAUUUUGUCAUUCUGUGAGUUGAUUUCUCCUAUGAUAAGAAUUUAUUGUGAUCGACCGGGCAAACCUAUAAUUUUUGCUUGUACUCACGAGACAAGACUCAGUGCUCGGUACGUAUUUGCAACCUUCCCUUCAGAUGGAUCUUCACUUCCGAAUUCCCAGCGCUCUGAAUGUAGCCGUCGUUUGUCAUCAAGCAGAACUCCUGUUUCACUACAACAUAUAAGUACUUUAUCGACGGGUGGAAACCUUCAAAGUGAUGAUACUGUCCUGGUGAAUAAAGAAAGUAAUCCAAAUGUUAUAUCAUCCAGAUGUAUGUUAUCUCAAGAAAAUGACAAUGACACUCAAAUCUUUCAGUCGAACGGAAAGUUGUCUUUUAUAAAUAACGAAAAUAAUGCUCCAACAGUAAACCAAUCAGUGCCUAAUCCACACCAGGAUCACGGCCGUUGUGACGAAAUUCCUUCUAAAAAGAUUCGUUCUCUCCUAUUCUCGAAUUUCCAAACUAAAGAUAAUUCCAGUGUAUGUAAUUUAGAAGACAACACAAAAACAGUUGUGCUAUAUCAAAAUAGUUUAUGGAAUGAAACGGCAUUGAAAGAAAAUGUUCUAAGUUCAACAGUUAUGAAUCAGGAAUCUACAUUAGGCGGACAAACUGUACUUGUUGCUGAUUCAGACGAUGACGAAUAAUGUACAAUUUCCUGUGAUAACAUAUUAUCCCACCAUGUAUAGAUCUUUAUUUUCAUAUACAUCAACCUAAUGAAGUUAUUUUGCGUAGAUUAACAAUGAAUUUCAACAAAUCUUCUAUUGCAUAUCGUUUAUACAGAUUGAAAAAAUAGACAAGUUUUUUCUUUUGAAAUAUACGUAUCUUUUCAGUGA